AUGGUGGCUGAUUGUUACACCAUCACGACACCGGGCCAUUGUGUUGUGCUCGAGCCCAUGAAUUGGUCUUCUAGUGGUCUGCUUGAGAAAAUGAAGAAACUUUCUGAAAGAAGGAAGCUUGAAGAUUUAACAAUUGGUCCAGUCCUUACAGUUACUACAGAAGCCAUGAUAGAGCACAUGCACAACCUUCUCAAAAUACCAGGAUCGAAGGUUCUGUUUGGUGGUGAACCGCUGGCGAAUCAUUCAAUUCCCAAAAUUUAUGGUGCCAUGAAGCCUACUGCUGUGUUUGUUCCUCUAGAAGAAAUUCUAAAAAGUGGGAACUUCGAGCUUGUGACAAAGGAGAUAUUUGGUCCAUUCCAGAGUUAA